AUGGCCAAGUUACUAACGUUUGUGUUUUUCUCCGUGGUUGCCAUUCAGUUGGCUAGCUGCAAUGUUGACCCCCAAAUCUUUGCACCAGAUGUAGAGUUGGCAAAUGGACGAGUCAGAGGUCUCGUGGAAAAUGUCAACGGCAAGCAGGUGCACGUUUACCAAGGCAUUCGAUAUGGCACCGCCAAACGUUUCGAAAAGCCCCAGGCAGUGGUCGAAAAGUGGAGUCCAUUCGUGUACGAUGCCACCCGCAAGCCUGAGUGCUGCUCGCAGUACAUCAUGCCGCAAAACGAAAGUGACAUUCUGGUGCAGACAAAGGUCAUGUCGGAGGACUGUCUCUACCUGAACGUCUGGAGACCUGCCCACCACCAGAAUUCUACCACCACUCCCAAGCUCCCUGUUCUAGUUUUUCUUCAUGGCGGUGCCUUCACCGUGGGCUCAAUUUUCUCCGAGUACUUUGACGGGAAGCACAUUGCCAGCCAGGGCAACGUCAUCGUCGUCACGCUCGCCUACCGCCUGGGCGCCCUUGGCCUUCUCUACGCGCCCGGUCUGGUGCCCAGCAAUCUGGCCCUCUACGACCAGCGCCUAGGCCUGCAGUGGAUCAAGCAAAACGUAGCCCACUUUGGCGGAGACCCGUCUCUGGUCACGCUGGCCGGCUCAUCAUCCGGCUCCAUCUCAGUGGGCAUUCACAUUCUGUCGCCACUCUCCGCCGGACUCUUCAAGCGGGCCAUUCUCCUGGCUGGAGCACCCAACUCUGACCUGGUCAAGUCGCCGCAGACGGCGCUGGCUGCCACCAAGGAGCUAGUGUUCCGCCUAAACUGUAGCUCAUCGGCUGCAGAGGAACCGUCCAGCUCGAGCAUUGCCUGUCUUCGACGCAAAUCAGCAGAGGAGAUCUCAAACGGCAUCGGCCUGAAUCACAUGCUCGAUGGUGUGCUCUUCUGGCCAGUGUACGGCGACGAGAAUCUGCCCACGAUGCCGGGCAUUGCGCUGAAGGAGGGCAAGUUCAACCGAAACAUCGACGUACUGUACGGCGUCUCAGACCGAGAGGGCAGCUACUUUGCGGCACAGGCACUUCCGAAGCUUCUCUCCGAACACGCCAAUCUGACCGUUGCCUCCACGAGAGCGGACAUCGCCGAUUUGGUGACCAAAAUUUGGAAGAAGGACUACGCUAAAGAGGUGGUCGACUUCUAUACGGGCGAUCUGGUCAAUUGCCUCAAAGUGUCCGAGGAGGAGUUGAA